AUGUGUUUGUUAUGGGUUUGGGGGGGCAUAGCACCGCACAAAACGAAAACUCUGGUCUGGCAACUCUUGCAUGGUAAGGCUACAGUCAAAGGAGAGUUACUGAAGAGAGGGAUCAUCAACAGUGCUCAUGCAUCUUGCCCGCUGUGUAAUAAGUCCAUUGAAACCGUGGAUCAGCUAUUUGUUGGUUGCAAAAGCGUGAUAAAUCUGUGGUAUGAUUGGUGUAAUGAGUGGGGUUUAGCUUGGGUUAUGCUAGCAAGAUUCAAAGAGCUGACGAUUAUGUGGAACAACAUUAAGAUGGCAUCAAAUUAUGAAAAGGUCUGGAAAACAACAAUGUUCGCUAUUACCUGGACCGUAUGGAUUGGCAGGAACGAGGUGGUUUUUCACAACAAAGUUUGGGAUAAAGAACUCAUUUGGGAAUUGAUUAAACUUAGAGUGGCUAUGUGGGUUAAGGCUAGAUGGCAAGAUACUGCUAGUUCGAUCACUGAUAUUUACAGAUUCCCUGCUAUUGGUGCCAAUGCAAUAAAAUUCAAUGUCGAUGGUGCUGCGAAUGGAGGCUCGGGUGAAGCGGGAAUCGGAGGCUUACUUAGGAAUGAAAAGGGGGAGGUCCUCAUCAAAUUUUCCAAAGCUAUAGGCAGAGGAGAUUUAAAUUUGGCAGAAUAUCUGAGCAUUAGGGAAGCUUUCAUCUUGUUCUCAAGCUCUAUAUGGGCGCACAACCAUUCCUUUGUUAUUGAGAGUGACUCACGAAAUGCCAUUAGGUGGAUUAAUGACCCUUCCAAAACACCUUGGAGGUUGAGGAAAUGGAUGUUGCACAUAGAAGUCUUAAAGAAAAGAGCGACAGAUUGGAAGAUUAGACACACGCUGAGGGAAGGGAAUCGGGAAGCUGAUCUCUUGGCUAAGGAGGGAGUGGGCAGAGAAAUUGACUUGGUUGAAUUUCAUAACCCGAUGUAA